GAGCCGAGCGGGGCCGGACGGACCAUGAUGGGACCAGGACACGGGGGGGCACCGGGGGUGGGGGUCCCGGGGGGAGUCCCAGUGGAUGUCAAGACAGAGGCCAUGACAGCCGAGGGGCGUGUGCAGGCGCUGCAGCGGGAGGUGCAGGGGGUCACCAGCAUCAUGACCCAGAACGUGGAGCGGAUCCUAGCACGGGGUGAGAACCUGGAGCAGCUGCACAGCAAGAGCCAGGACCUGGAGGCCACGUCAGAGCAUUUCCGCACGACGUCGCAGAAGAUGGCCCGGCGCUACUGGUGGAAGAAUGUGAAGCUGCUCAUCAUCCUUGGCCUCGUGGGCGUCAUUGUCCUUGUCCUCAUCAUACUCCUGGCUACUGGCACCAUCCCCACCUAGAGCCACUGUCCCCACAGAGACACAGCCACCCCCAGGCCCAAAUACAGAUGGGGAGAAGAACCAG